GACAAGCGAAUAGGUAAACAAUCGAAGCAUGCUCCAACAUCUGUCAAAGCGACUACCCGUUUUCGUGAGCGGAACCAAAUACUGCAUCUUUAGUUUUCCUCGCCAGUCACGGUCAUCAUUUACCGUAAGUGUAUUCCGUAACCUGAAUCGAUUAAGCAUGAGUACCGAGGCAGUUCAAGACUUCUCAAAGCGUUUUAAAGAAAGCAACGAGUUGGUGAUAGGAACCCACGAUGGAAUAUUUCACUGUGACGAAUUGCUAGCUUGUUUUAUGCUACAGCAACUUCCACGGUACGCCAAUGCCAGCAUUGUAAGAACUAGAGAUUCAAAACUGCUGGAUCAGUGCGAUAUAGUAGUGGAUGUUGGAGCGGUAUUCGAUCGAGAGAAGAAUCGAUUUGACCAUCAUCAAAAGAGCUUCAAUGAGACGAUAAAUUCUUUGCAACCCGAGGCGAAAGUAAAACGGGAAAUUCGGUUAAGUUCCGCUGGAUUGAUCUAUAACUAUUUUGGAGAGGAUGUGAUCCGAGAGGUUCUUUCACAGAAUUCCAUCAAAAAUCCGUCUGAAGAUAUGAUCCGUGGAGUCUAUCGAAAAGUUUACGACCAUUUCAUAGCCGAAGUAGACGCUAUCGAUAAUGGUGUGCCAAUGGUCGAUGGAGAACCGAAAUAUACAAUCAAUACUCAUUUGAGCGCUCGAGUCGGCAAUUUUAACCCAGCCUGGAAUGAAAAAGUAGCUGACACAGAUUUAACCAAGCGUUUCGAAAAGGCAAAGACCUAUGUCGGACAAGAAUUUAUCGAUAAGGUGCUUUACUACGCGAUUCGCUGGUGGCCAGCUAGAGAGUUAGUCGAGAAUGCUGUCAAUAAACGAUUGGACGUUCACAACUCUGGGGCGAUUUUGGAAUUGGAACAUUUCUGUCCAUGGAAGGAACAUCUUUAUGAGUUGGAGGAAGACUAUGGCAUUACGGGUCUUUCGAAGUACGUCAUCUACUACAACAAAGAAAACGACUGGCGUAUUAUAUGUGUGCCUUUGCAAUCGGCUAGCUUUGUUUGUAGAAAGUUUUUGGCGGCUCCCUGGCGUGGACAGAGAGACGACGAGCUUGAAACGAUUUCCGGAAUUGAAGGAGCUACAUUCUGCCAUCAAACGGGUUUUAUUGGUGGAAAUAGAACGCGACAAGGGGCACUCCAAAUGGCGGUCGCUAGUUUAGAAGCUACCGAAGACUGAAGGUUUUUUGCAUAAUAAAAUAUCGGACCAUCGGAUACAUUCUAGCGAAGCCCAA